UUUUUUUUUUUUUUGCUCAACGGGGGAGUCGAGGGCAAAAAUGUCUUGUACAUAAUUUUGAAGGUGUUCAUCGCAACUUUGAAGGACAUUCGAUGUGCUCCACAAAGAAGCUUUGUGUGGGUCGAGUGGAGAGAAGAAAUUAAAAAAAAGAGAGAGAGAAAGAAGGAAAAAGGGGGCGCAGCAUCCGAGCAGCCUGGCUGGCACGCGCGCACACACGCACGCUGAGCAGUAAACCAGCGUUUAACUAGCGUGCCAUGAAUCGGCAAUGAUGGACCCAGCGGGUGGGAUUAAUUCAAUAAGCGUAGCUGAACUGCAGUGAAGCGAGCAGAAAUGUCAGACGGGGUGAAGAUAGGCAUGGAUACUUAAAAAAAAAACUGGAAAAAGUGAAAGUUCUUUCCACUCCUCAACGGUUUCAGAUGUCCGUGGAAGACGUGAGGCUCCGUGUCGGAGGUCUGCACAGAUGAUUUGAACACAGUUUGUGGCCCUGCAGUUGCUCCCGGUCGCUGUAGGCGGGCCGUGGGACAGAAUUUGAGCGAUUUAAAGGAGGGUUUUCGCCGUCCUAAAACUGAAGAGCGCGCAACAUGACUGUGGCCAAUGAAAAGUCAGGCUCAGCCAUGCAGCAGGUUCUGGACAACCUGAAGGAGCUGCCCACGGGCUCGGUUGCCAAAGACAUCGACCUCAUCUUCCUCCGCGGCAUCAUGGAGAGCCGCAUCGUCCGUUCCCUCGCUAAGGCCCACGAGCGCCUCGAGGAGGUCAAGUUAGAAGCGGUGCGAGAGGACAACGUUCAGCUGAUCUCCGAGAUCCUGGACGCUCUCAACCAGCUGCCCGAAAAAGACGCUGCCACUGCGGAGCUCACCCAAAUCCUUCGGGAGCCUCAUUUUCAGUCUUUGAUCGAGGCUCACGACCAAGUGGCCGCGAAGUGCUACGAGGUGCCCCAGGCCGAGGUCAACUGCACUGCCGCCUUGGCCAGUUGCCUCAUGCCCGCCGACGCCAUCAGGAUCAUCGGCAUCCAGAAGAAAGCCGGAGAGCCGCUGGGGGUGACCUUCCGCGUGGAGCAAGGGGAGAUGGUGAUCGCCCGGAUCCUGCACGACAGCUCCAUCGACCGCCAGGGCAUGCUGCACAUCGGCGACGUCAUCCGCGAGGUGAACGGUCGGCAGGUGGGCGGCGACCCUCAGCAGCUCCAGGAGCUCCUGAGGGACUGCAGUGGCAGCGUCACCCUCAAGGUGCUGCCCAGCUACAAAGACUCGCCGGCCCCCCCGCAGGUUUAUCUGAAGCCACAUUUCAACUACAACCCGGCCUCCGACAACCUGAUCCCCUGUCAAGAGGCGGGCCUUGCCUUCUCCAAGGGAGACAUCCUGCACAUUGUCAAUAAGGAGGACCCCAACUGGUGGCAGGCACGCAGUGUCGUGGGCGGGUCCACCGGCCUCAUCCCCAGCCAGUACUUAGAGGAGAAGAGGAAGGCGUUUGUGAGGAAAGACUGGGAUCUGUCGGGUAAAGGGAUGCUCUGUGGAAAUCUCACCGCGAAAAAGAAGAAGACGAAGAAAAUGAUGUACAUCACGGCAAAGAACGCAGAGUUUGAUCGCUACGAGCUGCAGAUCUACGAGGAGGUGGCCAAGAUGCCCCCCUUCCAGAGGAAAACCUUGGUUCUGAUUGGCGCCCAGGGUGUGGGGAGGCGGAGCUUAAAGAACAGACUCGUCGUCACGAAUCCUCUGCGAUACGGAACCACUGUGCCAUUCACGUCACGCAGCGCCCGAGAAGACGAGCGAGACGGACAGAACUACUUCUUCGUGACGCGAAGUCAGAUGGAGCAGGACAUCAAGGACAGCCGCUUUCUGGAGCACGGCGAGUACGACGGCAACCUCUACGGCACCAAGAUCGACUCCAUCCACCAGGUGGUGGCGGCCGGCCGCACCUGCAUCCUGGACGUCAACCCUCAGGCUUUGAAAGUGCUAAAGACUGCUGAGUUCAUGCCCUUCGUGGUCUUCAUCGCCGCUCCCGAACUGGACACCUUAAGAGAGAUGCACAAGGCGGUCGUGGAUGCCGGACUCACAACCAAACUACUUACUGAAACCGAUUUGAAGAAGACGGUGGAGGAGAGCGCCAGGAUCCGCCGCGCCUACAGCCACUUCUUCGACCUGACCAUUUGCAACGACAACCUGGACCAGGCCUUCGACCAGCUCCAGGAGGCGGUCGAGAGGCUGCUGGCGGAGCCGCAGUGGGUCCCGCUCAGCUGGGUCUACUGACGCUCGCCACAGCCCCCCCCCCCCCCCCACCCCGCGACCGAACGCCGGGCCGUCCCGAGCUGCUAACGUCUGCCAGGUGAAACGCGGACGCGCUAUGCAAGACACGCCGCACAGGAAGUGUACUUAUUUAUUGGCAAAGACCGCUUUGGGAGUCAUUUUGCAUUAUGAAUUUUUUUGAAUGACGGAAAAAAACAAAAAAGGAUGUUGCCAUGUCCCGUUAUUUAACGUUCCACUUAUGUAAGUUGUCUUAUUUAUUCUGCUAAGUUAAUGGAGGGCUUGCUUAUUAAUAAUACCUCACCUCAGUGUUUGUGUUUACACUCGUCAUCUCGUUUUGCUGCCGUCGUCAGAGGAGUUGCCCCCCCCCCCUUUUUUUUUUUUUUGCCCGCCCCCCCCCCCCCUUCUGGUUCCGUGGAAAUUCUGUCGAAUCGAAGGCUCCGUAAUGGGAAAAGAAACAUUUCUAUUUUUAGUUUGCCGAGCACAAGUCACAUAACUGCAAAUGUUUCUCUCGCUCCAUGUUGGUGCUGCAUUUUACAUUUAAAAAAAUAAUAAUAAUAAUUUGAUUUAAACAGGGUGCUUUGUAUCUGUAAACCGUCCCUUUUGAUGUGAUCCCACUUCUUAAAAAAAAAAAAAAAAAUGACUGACUUUUAAAAAGUGUAUUUUACCUUUUUCAGAUCUGUAUUUUCAGAUGUUUCAAUAAAUGUUUUUUUAAAUUAAUGAACAAUUCCUUUUUUUUUUUAACUGAGAAAUGUUUAAGAAGCGGCGUAAUCAGAUUUAUUUUUAAAAACUUAGCUAAAAAGGUUCACAAUACACAUUGAAAUAGUCAGGCCAUGCAUUUAAACAAUUUCUUUUGUGCCCAAAAAAAAAAAAAAGGCUCACAGUUUGAACAACAAAAGUCGUAUAAGACUGCAUCCAUCCUCCACUUCUUCUGGCGUCCCCCAGGGCUCUCUCUUAGGUCCCCUCCUCUUUUAUCAUCCAACCUCUUGGCAAUAUUUUCUGUCAAAUAUAUGACACUGGGCAGGGUGGAUCAGCUGGUAAAGCGUCGGCCUCACAGUUCUGAGGACCCGGGUUCGAUCCUGGCCCGCCCGCG